GUAUGUUUAGGACAUAGUCUAAAGUCAUUGUAUAGAACGAGUAAAUAAAUAACUUCCCGAUUCAGUCCUAUGUGGAAUUGCAUAUUUAUUGGAGUCAACAUUUUCUUAACUUUCUUCUAUUAUUCCUUUGAAAUGCAGAACGAUUUGUAAAGUUUAAAAAACAGAGUAAUCUCAAUCUUGCCUUUCCAUCUGCAAAGAUUUCGUCGCUAACGGCAUUUUUCCAUUAAUCGUCUGGAAACUAGCUUUCUGAAUAACGACCUCAAAUAUGUCACUUUUUGUCUUUCCCCACAAGUUGAAGUGGUGCAGUCUACGAAGCAGGCGGAGGCAAAUGCUGAUUAUAUCUAGAGUGACGUCACAAUACAUGUCUUGUACUGUGCAUGUUUAUUGUGUAUCCUUUGAUCAGCUGAUCUAGAAACAAGCGAAUCGUCCCGAAAAUUGCAGUUCCCGGCAGCUGCGUUUUCUCAUCGCGAUUGUUAAGAGCGCUGGAACGGUCGAUUAAGGAGACAGGGAUAGUCGAAGUGUCCGUAUCUGUUCAAGCCAUGAAGUUCCAGUAUAAGGAAGACCAUCCUUUUGAAUACAGAAAAAAAGAAGGAGAGAAAAUCCGAAAGAAAUACCCAGACCGAGUUCCUGUUAUAGUGGAAAAAGCACCCAAAGCUAGAGUACCUGAUCUGGACAAGAGGAAGUACCUUGUUCCAUCAGAUCUCACUGUUGGUCAAUUCUAUUUCUUGAUUCGAAAGAGAAUCCACUUGAGGCCAGAAGAUGCCUUGUUCUUCUUUGUCAACAACACUAUUCCUCCUACCAGUGCAACUAUGGGUCAGCUGUAUGAGGAUAAUCAUGAGGAAGAUUAUUUUCUCUAUGUGGCUUACAGUGAUGAAAGUGUUUAUGGCAAGUGAUUCUAUGCAUUGCUAGCCUUACAGAUGGAUUGGACUGAAAAAGUUAUUAUGGAAGGAAUUUGUGUCCAGCAAAAG